AUGAUCCCAUAUCGACACACAUGGGUGCGACACGCAAGCACACUCCCUUCCUUUCUCUCCAUGGGCCCCUUUAAUGCCUUUAUGCACCGACCGACAAAGGCGAUGACGCGAGCUGCAUUGGAGGCAUGGACAGCCGUGCAGAAAGAACAAGCGGAAAAGAAACAAAGGAAAUCGGACAAGCGAGUCACGAAAGCACGUGUUGGAUGACAUAAUAUCUUAUCUUGCGCCGCCCGCGUCGUGCCGGACGAGUUUUGUUGCAGGUUGAUUAACCUUCUUGGUUGUGUUUUGGAACGAGAUUUCAGAUUGUACUGGAAAGACUACCCCCCAAAGACCGUUUUCUUUUUCUUGUUGUGCUGCUGGGUGUGGGAACUUUUGUAAAAGAAACUUUGCAAUUCGAAUAGUACUAUACUCUUCUUUUACACGAAACGAAAGCAAUGGCAGACCAAUUGACGGAAGAGCAAAUCGCUGAAUUCAAAGAGGCCUUCUCCCUGUUUGACAAGGAUGGCGACGGCACCAUUACAACCAAGGAACUCGGCACCGUGAUGCGCUCGCUUGGCCAAAACCCCACCGAGGCCGAACUUCAAGACAUGAUUAACGAAGUCGACGCGGAUGGAAACGGCACCAUCGACUUUCCCGAAUUCCUGACCAUGAUGGCGCGCAAAAUGAAGGACACGGAUUCUGAAGAAGAGAUCAAGGAAGCUUUCAAGGUGUUUGACAAGGACGGCAACGGAUUCAUUUCGGCAGCAGAGUUGCGACAUGUCAUGACCAAUUUGGGAGAAAAGUUGACCGAGGAGGAAGUGGACGAAAUGAUUCGUGAGGCGGAUGUGGAUGGGGAUGGACAGAUUAAUUACGAGGAGUUUGUCAAGAUGAUGAUGAGUAAAUAGUAGCGUUGUUGUUGUUGUUCUUCUUGUUGUUGGUACAAUAUACACAGUUAUUUUUUUA